AUGCAGCUCCCCACCAUGCACAACAUCAUCCUCCUUCUUGCCUCCUCCACCACGCUCAUCUCAGCACACCGGAUGGAGUCCCUCAAAGGCAAAGCAGGCAACGCGAAAUUCUUCAAUAGGAAAGGCGAGUCCUGGGGCGUCGACGCGCACUCGGGCUGUCGCGGGACUAAAGUUCCACGGCUGGUGCAGUUUUGCGUCGAUUGGGACCUCGGACGAUGCCACUUUCGGGGGGACUGGCUCUUGUGGGCUGAGACGACCUGCACCUGGCGGAGAGCCGAGGAGGAGGAUGAGGUCCCGGCCGACGACGGCGAUGCUGCUGUUCCUGUGCUGGUGGGUUGA